GAGGAGGAGGAGUCGGGGAGCGGCCGCCCGAGGACCACUGCUAGCCCAGGCUGCGGAGUAGCGACGCCGGCCGCACGACUGCAGCCCCGCGCCCCCGACCGCCAGCAUGAUUGCCGCGCAGCUCCUGGCCUAUUACUUCACGGAGCUGAAGGAUGACCAAGUCAAAAAGAUUGACAAGUAUCUCUAUGCCAUGCGACUCUCUGACGAGACGCUGUUAGAUAUCAUGACUCGUUUCAAGAAGGAGAUGAAGAAUGGCCUCUCCCGGGAUUAUAAUCCGACAGCUACCGUCAAGAUGUUGCCAACGUUUGUGAGGUCCAUUCCUGAUGGUUCGGAAAAGGGAGAUUUCAUCGCCCUGGACCUUGGUGGGUCUUUCUUUCGAAUUCUGCGGGUGCAAGUGAAUCAUGAGAAAAACCAGAAUGUUUUCAUGGAGUCUGAGAUUUAUCCCACCCCGGAGAGCAUCGUGCAUGGCAGCGGAAGCCAGCUUUUUGAUCACGUUGCCGAGUGCCUGGGAGACUUCAUGGAGAAGAAGAAGAUCAAGGACAAGAACUUACCCGUGGGAUUCACAUUCUCCUUCCCGUGUCGGCAAUCCAAAAUAGACGAGGCCAUCCUGAUCACCUGGACAAAGAGAUUUAAAGCGAGUGGAGUGGAAGGAGCAGAUGUGGUGAAGUUGCUUAACAAAGCCAUCAAGAAACGAGGGGACUAUGACGCCAACAUUGUGGCAGUGGUGAAUGACACCGUGGGUACCAUGAUGACCUGUGGCUAUGAUGACCAUCAGUGUGAAGUCGGACUCAUCAUUGGCACUGGCACCAACGCUUGCUACAUGGAGGAACUGAGGCACAUCGACAUGGUGGAAGGCGACGAGGGGAGGAUGUGCAUCAACACGGAGUGGGGGGCCUUUGGGGACGACGGGGCUCUGGAAGACAUCCGCACCGAGUUUGACCGGGAGAUCGACCGUGGGUCUCUCAACCCCGGCAAACAGCUGUUCGAGAAGAUGGUCAGUGGCAUGUACCUGGGGGAGCUGGUUCGCCUGAUCCUGGUCAAGAUGGCCAAGGAGGGCCUCUUAUUUGAAGGGCGAAUCACCCCGGAGCUGCUCACCAGAGGGAAGUUUAACACCAGUGAUGUGUCAGCUAUUGAAAAGAAUAAGGAAGGCCUCCACAAUGCCAAAGAAAUCCUGACUCGCCUGGGAGUGGAGCCAUCUGACGACGACUGUGUUUCCGUCCAGCACGUGUGCACCAUCGUCUCCUUCCGCUCUGCCAACCUGGUGGCUGCAACGCUGGGUGCCAUCUUGAGCCGCCUUCGCGAUAACAAGGGCGCAGCCAGGCUGCGGACCACGGUUGGUGUCGACGGGUCUCUUUACAAGACGCACCCACAGUAUUCCCGGCGUUUCCACAAGACUCUGAGGCGUUUGGUGCCCGACUCGGACGUGCGUUUCCUCCUCUCAGAGAGUGGCAGCGGCAAGGGGGCCGCCAUGGUGACCGCAGUCGCCUACCGUCUGGCUGAGCAACACCGGCAGAUAGAGGAGACCCUGGCUCACUUCCGCCUCACCAAGGACAUGCUGUUGGAGGUGAAGAAGAGGAUGCGGGCCGAGAUGGAGUUGGGGCUGAAUAAGAAGACUCAUGAUAAGGCCGUGGUCAAGAUGCUGCCCUCCUUCGUCCGGAGCACUCCGGAUGGAACAGAACAUGGUGACUUCUUGGCUCUGGAUCUCGGAGGAACAAAUUUCCGCGUCUUGCUGGUGAAAGUCCGUAGUGGGAAAAAGAGAACUGUAGAAAUGCACAACAAGAUCUAUGCCAUUCCCAUUGAGAUCAUGCAGGGCACUGGGGAAGAACUGUUUGACCACAUCGUCUCCUGCAUCUCUGACUUCCUGGACUACAUGGGGAUCAAAGGCCCUAAGAUGCCUCUGGGCUUCACCUUCUCAUUUCCCUGCAAACAGACGAGCUUGGAUGAGGGAAUCUUGAUAACCUGGACAAAGGGUUUUAAGGCUACGGACUGUGUGGGGCAUGAUGUAGCAACCUUGCUAAGGGAUGCGGUGAAAAGGAGAGAGGAAUUUGAACUGGAUGUGGUGGCUGUGGUCAACGACACGGUGGGCACUAUGAUGACCUGUGCUUAUGAGGAGCCCACCUGUGAGGUUGGACUCAUUGUAGGGACUGGAUCCAAUGCCUGCUACAUGGAAGAAAUGAAGAACGUCCAGAUGGUGGAUGGGGAUGUGGGACGGAUGUGUAUCAACAUGGAGUGGGGUGCCUUUGGGGACAACGGGUGUCUGGAUGAUAUCAGAACGAACUAUGACAGGAUGGUGGAUGAUCAUUCACUCAAUGCUGGGAAACAAAGGUUUGAGAAGAUGAUCAGUGGUAUGUACCUGGGUGAAAUUGUCCGCAACAUCUUGAUUGACUUCACCAAGAAGGGGUUUCUCUUCCGGGGGCAGAUCUCUGAGUCGCUGAAGACUUGGGGCAUCUUUCAGACCAAGUAUCUCUCUCAGAUUGAGAGUGACCGGUUAGCACUGCUGCAGGUCCGGGCCAUCCUCCAGCAGCUGGGCCUGGACAGCACCUGCGACGACAGUAUCCUCGUGAAGACGGUGUGCGGGGUGGUGUCCAGGAGGGCGGCGCAGCUGUGUGGCGCUGGCAUGGCAGCUGUGGUGGAUAAGAUACGAGAGAACAGAGGCCUGGACCAUCUCAACGUCACUGUGGGGGUGGACGGGACGCUCUACAAGCUGCAUCCACACUUCUCCCGAAUCAUGCACCAAACCGUGUCGGAACUGUCACCAAAGUGCACCGUGUCCUUCCUCCUGUCCGAGGACGGCAGCGGCAAGGGGGCGGCCCUCAUCACGGCAGUGGGCGUCCGGCUCCGAGAAGAGAGGAGCAGCUAAGAGCCCCGGGCCCCAGUCUGCUGCCCUUCCAGCACCUCUCUCUUCCAGCGGCGACCCCAGCUCCCAGCCGGCUCUGCUGGGAGAUGCCAUGCCCUGGCUGGCCACCGCCACAGCGGGGAGGAAACACAACCCAACUAAUGGCGUAUAAUGUAGGGUACAAAAUAGAGUGUGUGCUGUCGAUAAUCUCUCACCUCCAGCUCCCCUUCACCUGCCCUGACACUCUGCAUGAUUUGAUUUCAGCCUGGUUGUACGUUCCCCACGCGUGAAGUUUAGUGGCAUCCAUUCCUAAUUUAUGCAUUCAUCCAGCAGAGUUAUUUAUUGGCUCCAGAUGAAAAGUCUCACCAUCUGACAGGCCUGGUGUGCCGCUGCAGCCUGUCUCGGGGACACAUCCUGUGUGAGAUGUACCAACACCAGCAGACACUGCCGGGACCCCCCCGGGGCAGUUUGCUGCCCCCCUCACCCCAGCUACUGCUGCUGGCGGGCACCACGAGGAGCCUGUGGGGGUGUGUCAGUGCCACUGAGCUGUGUGUCCAUGGGACUGGUCAUCGCCACGUGUGACAGUCUUGACAGUCUUGAAUCUUGUCUGUCUUGUGGGGUGGGGGGAGGUGGGCAUUGCUGCGGGGAAGUGUCUUGUCUCCAUUUGGGUAAAAGGAACCAACCAACCAAUCAACCAACCAUCCAUGCCCUCAUCGGAAUUUCCCAUUGCUUUUGUGAGCCAUGUUGUAUGACCUAGUAAACUUUGUACCAGUUCAAAGACCCGAGUGAUGCUUAAUGCUUAGGGAAGGGGAGGACAUUCUGGAUGCAGCAAAGCCCCCACCCAGGGGAUUUUUGUGGCCUUCUUUGUGAGGGUGAGAGUUUGAAACGAAAAUGGUGUUCCUCAGCUCCCAGCCCUCACUGGGCGUGGCCCUCCCUGCCUAGUAUUAUAGCAGUAGCCUUUCCUCUUGUCUUCCAGCACCUGCCCUCCUGUUUCCCUGUUCCAGCCCCACAGCCCUACCCCAGAGAGGCUCCAGCAGCCCCACCCCAGCACGGUCAAGGUGCGGGAGGUAAGGCCCCUGUCCUCCUCACUGGUAGUUAGAACAAAGAAAGUCCACCUGGCAUCCAGGGGCUGUUUGGAUUCAGUGAGAAGAAAGGGCAGCUUCCAACACCACCCACCCCCUUUAUCAUCUUGUCUGGCAGAUGAGAGACCCCCAGCCUCACACAGAGGAAAUCUUGCAGCAGCCCAGGGCAGCAGGGUGACUGUGCUGUCCCCUCUCCCCACCUUAAAUUGACCCCUUCCUAGGAAAUUGGGCCCCUCGACCUUGAGGUUGCUCUUCCACCCCACAGCUGCCACUUUGGAUUCUCCCCCAUCCAGAUGGGGGACCCCCACCUCAGUCUGCAUUCUGGUGCCGUGAUUGGGGUGGCACGUGAGUCUCCCAAGCUGCGACUGCAGCUCCUUGAGGAGGCUCCCCACGGAGGCUCCCCGCUGCUCCAACCCUUCCGGGAUUGACUACAUGCCCAUUUGGUUUGGUGAGACCUUUAUUUGGCGCUGCCGGUGAUCUUUGUGGAGAAGCAGGUAACAUUAAACUCUUGAUGUGCAUUUUCA